AGUCACAUUUCCACAGUCUCGCAUUGACAGACACGCAAUAUGCCAUCAUUGUAUGCUAUAAUUAUAUUAAUAUGCAGUAAUAAUAGCCUGAAGGCCUAUAGCUGAAUACUAAAGUCUCAAUUUCUCAGUAGAAGAAUGAUCUUCACUGAACUGAUAGCUGCCCUGCUGGCCUUGGCUCUCUUCACUCAAACUGAUGCUGCAGCCCAACCUGAGGUGCAAGGAGCUCUGGAUGAUGAUGUGGCUCCUUUCUUACUGGUGGCUGCCUGGGGCUCAAUUCUGAGGAUUGAAAUAAAUGGCUCCACUGAUGCUCAAGUCAUUCAUUCGGACAAUGGAAUAAUUGCCGUGGACUAUCACUACAGGAGGAAUUUAAUAUUUUACAUAAACGACAGCACGCCUGGACUCUUCUCCAUUCCUCUCUUGACUGAUGCUGGUACUACAGGAACAGUAGCUGCUCAGAGCUUAGGGGGCUCACAAUUAUCUUACACUUCGGGCAGUCCAGUUGGCCUGGCAAUGGACUGGAUUAACGACAAAGUGUACUGGACGGAUAAAACCAGGAGAACACUCCAUUUGUACGAUAUUGUGGCUCAGACAUCUGAAGUCAUCUUCCAGUUUGAAGGUAGUGAUCGACCUCAAGGAUUGAGCAUCUUCCCCUACACUGGGAAAGGGUGGCUAUUUGUGAUGGUAAAGACAGAUAUUCAUAACUCAAAACUUAUGAGAAUCACAGACAAUGGCGUUCCAGAAACUCUCUUGUCUAAUAAUUUGUGUGCGUCCACGAUCGCCAUAGACCUCAUAAAGAGAAAAUUGUACUGGAUAGACGAAUGUUUCUCACUGUUAGUAGAAGCUGAACUAGAUGCGUCCUUACUAGCAACUAAAGUGGGCCCGGGUCAAAACGUCGGGUUCACAUGGGGUAUUGGACAGUAUGAAUUUGAAGAUGAGUGCUAUUACACUCAAGUAGAGAAAGUGUUCAGGAAUGGUAUAAACUCGAAUGAGACUCAAUUGUACAAUAAUGGAUUAUACACAACACUGUUUGGGCUGAUGGUAGUUCAUCCCUCCAAACAACCACCUGCUCCUCCAAUAAACUGCACAGCUCCACUACCCUCACCACAGAAUGGUACCGUCAGUGAUCCUUCAGUACCAGCUAUUCCCGGUACACAAGUGACCUUCCAGUGUGAUAAUGGACUGUUCCCUGAGGGAAAAAUGACUGUCACCUGUCUAGCUACAGGAGAAUGGGAGAGCAACCCGGGGGAGAUCGUCUGCAGAAAAGAAUCUAUUUCCUGUGUCCUGCCUGCCCCUCUACUCAAUGGAGUGUUAUACUCAACACCAACUUUCAGAGCACCAACCUAACUGAGGACUUAGUCAUUACCUUCCAAUGUGAUCCUGGGUUCUCACUGGUGGGUGCAGUGACUGCCACUUGUAAUAACUCUGGUCUCUGGGAUCCUGAUCCAUCUCUAUUGGAGUGUAAGUUCAUUUGUGUCGAUACA